AUGUACAAAAAGUUCUCGUCAAAGUUAAGGUUGUUGUGUAAACUCAAGUAUUUCUUGAACGAAGAAGCUAUCAGACGUGUUUAUCGAUCUCUCAUACAAUCUGUUAUUCGAUAUAAUUGCUUGUCAUUUUUAAAUUUAACAGCAACACAAUCACAAAAAUUACGAUCGUUGGAUAGACGAGCAAUAACGAUAACAAAAAAUGCGAACAGCGAUAUUGUGAAGAAUUUUAAACUUGGCAAAACAAAAUGCAGCUACUUGAUUAAUUAUGUAUUGCACCUUAUUUCUGCUAUGCUGAUGUUAUCCUGCUGUCGAUGCCAACAGAAGACUCAUCUCCGUUGUGUCGAUCCUAAAAGAAAAUCUACAAUAACCGACUGGUUGUGUCCGAACUGCUUGCCUUCCAUCCUACCAUUUUGCAACGUCCGAGACCUAUCCCAAAUCGAGCAAGAAGUUGCUCAACAACAGCUCCAAGACCUUCAACUCGAACAACUCAACCAAAACAGAAACUUGUUUAGUAUCGCUCAUCUCAACACUCAGUCAAUGGUGUCUACAUUCGACGAAUUUGUGCUUUUUGUACACAAGUACGAUUUUGAUGCGAUAACUCUCACCGAAACCUGGCUAAAAGACAACCCUUUCCUACUCGAGUACGCAAAGAUCGAAGGUUACACAAUGUACUACCAUAAUCGAGAUAACAAGCGUGGUGGUGGUGUAGGCGUUUAUAUCAAGGAUAAUAUAAAGCAUAAAUUGCGCAAGGAUAUCGUCAAUAUCAAUCCAGCUCUCGAACAUUUAUGGGUUGAAAUCGAUGGGAAAAACAAACACUCGAAGCUACUCCUUUGUGUCGCCUACCAGCCGAACUUCACACACCAAGAAAAAGCAGAAUGGCUCGACAACUUCGACCGCAUCAUUGGAAACGCUAAUCUCGACUGGUCAGGAAAUGUGGUGAUAACAGGUGACUUCAAUAUUGAUCUUUUGCAGAACUCUCAAAUUAAAGACUCUUACCUUGAAACCCUUCGAUCGUUCGACCUCACUCAGCAUGUCAACUCUCCAUCACGAAAAGGAUUAUCCCUACUCGAUCACAUCUCGACCAACUCCUCCUGCAAAGUGAAAUUCUGUGAAGUUCUUCCAACACCAGAAAUCAGCGACCACGAUGCUGUAUUCGCUUGCAUCAAUACUCGUGUAGCCAGAUUUGAACCACGGUACAAGAUCAUUCGUGACAUGAGAAAUUUUGACCUGUCGGCGUAUGUUGCUGACACCGCAAACAUCCCUUUCAAUGUCGUUUAUGCAACUGAUUGUACCGCACCGUUGAAGAGAAUCAAGGUCACCCGUCCUCCGGCACCCUGGAUGAAAGACUUAAAAAUCACCAACCUACAACAAACUUGUCACGAAAAGCGUACUUUAGCCCAACAGACUCAGUUGAAUGCCGACUGGAAUGAAUUUCGAAAUGCUCGAAACGCUCUAAAAAGACAGAUAAAAUACACCAAAAAGACUUUCUACCGCAGACUUCUUUCAUCGAAAAAGCCUAAAGAGGUUUGGAAACUAAUCCACCGAUUUCUCCAUCCAAAUAAAAACGUUAUAAACAUCCAACCCUCCGAACUAAACGCACAUUACAUAUCUACGGCACCCAGAAUCCUUGGAUCGCAACCGACAUCUAAAGAAGAAAUUCAACUCCUUCUUCAAGACCUCGUUACUGAAGCUGACCAAGAAUUCCAAUUUCGUCCUGUCACAUACGAUCAAGUGCUCAGAGAAAUUAAAAAACUUCGAAGCGACUGUUCCGCUGGCUACGACAACCUCCCUGUAGCACUCAUCAAACCCAUUGCUGACCACAUCGCAUCCCCACUUACUCACAUCAUCAACUCAGGGAUAGCUGAAAACACCUUUCAUCAGCUGUAG